AGGGGAAGAGUGAAGAAGAAUAAGAUAAGCUGUGAUUUGAAGACAUGAGCAUUCCAUGUAGUUUAACAAGGAAGAAGCUAUAAGAAACAUUUGAGGAGAGUAAAAUCAAGGAGAAAAAUAAGAGAAAAAGAUAAAGAAAACGGUUGUAAGGGAAUCAGCAUAAUGGAAAUCCCUGACUCAUCAUCAAUGAAACCACUUAGUCGGCCUGAACUGUUUGAUUUUGAGGGUGUUUCUAUGGUCCACUACUUCACUGACAACUGGGAAAAGGUCAAAAACUUUCAAGCAAGACCUGAUGACAUUCUAAUCGCCACUUACCCCAAAGCAGGUACCACCUGGGUGUCAUAUAUUCUAGACCUUCUAUACUUUGUUGAUGCUCCAGAGCGCCAAACUUCCCAGCCUAUCUAUAUGAGAGUGCCGUUCCUGGAGUCAUGUUUUAACUUGAUACCAUCAGGGACAGAACUGGCUGAUAAUCUGCCCACUUCUCCUCGCCUCAUCAAAACUCAUUUACCUGUUCAGCUUGUGCCUAAGUCCUUCUGGGAACAAAACUCAAAGAUUGUGUAUGUAGCUCGGAAUGCAAAAGACAAUGCAGUUUCCUAUUUUCAUUUCGAUCGAAUGAACAUGGUACAGCCUGAACCAGGAGACUGGAACACUUUCUUACAGAAAUUUAUGGAAGGAAAAAAUGUGUUCGGCCCUUGGUAUGACCAUGUCAGUGGAUGGUGGGAGAAAAAACAGACUUAUUCUAACCUACUGUACAUGUUCUAUGAGGAUUUGGUGGAAGACACAGGACGUGAGUUGGAACAUUUGUGUUCCUUCUUGGGUUUGUCAACCCCAGUUCAAGAGAGGGAGAAAAUAACAAAAGGGGUUCAGUUUGAUGCUAUGAAACAGAACAAAAUGACCAACUAUUCCACUAUUCCUGUCAUGGACUUCAAGAUCUCACCCUUCAUGAGAAAAGGUAAAGUUGGAGACUGGAAAAAUCAUUUCACUGUGGCACAAAAUGAACAGUUUGAUGAAGUCUACAAACAGAAGAUGAAGAACACCACUGUCAAGUUCCGCACUGAGAUCUAAUAUUAGAGAGUUCUGAAUGCUGCAACAGAAUGCUAACUUAAAAAUUACAUUUAAUUUUUAAACUGUUCUGAUGAAAUCAAAAUUGAGCAAAAUGGGUUUUUUUUUUUUUUUUUUUUUUUUUUUAGUAGGAAUAUGUUAGCCUUAAGGAUAUAAGCCUUAAGCUGGUGUGCUCUGAAACAUUAACAAAAUUUGCAUUUAUAAAUUAUAAGCAUUCAAAACUUACAGUCUCUAUACGGAUCAAUGAUUUUGCUGCCAUCAUUCUGUACUUCAUCUUCUCAGCAGACCAGACCAAUCAAAUGCUCUCUCGAAUCUGAAGCCCCACUCUUUAUACUGUACUAUAAAAGACACUAAAGCUGUGACUGAAAAUGA